UUCGCCCCCCGAAAAUCCGCAAACCAACUUUGUCCCUACAAAGGAUAAUUUUAACCUCGAAAAGAGGGAGGCGUGCGACCAUUUCGAAUUUUUCCUCCCUCUUGCAUCUCCUAAAACUUUACGAUACGACGGUACCAUCCUUGGCCUCCCAGCCAAAACUCAACGACCUCCCCGCGGACAUCCACCACCAAGACGGGGACCUCACACGCCUCCUGGAAAGGGGAUUGAUCCAACAUGGCUCAAAGGUUUAACGGUUCAUCGGUGCACCAGCGCGACUCCCGCAACGCUCUGUUCGAGGGCUACAGCGGCAACAACUCUCGCCGCGCAAGUCCGGCCACAAACGGCGGCUACGGCUACAACUCCAACCCGUACGGCGCCCCUGGCGGUUACCCGGGUCAGAAUCAAAACGGCUCAGGUGCUGGAUACAGAACGGCGACGCCCAACAGCAGAGGCCAGUAUAGCGAUGCGACGCUUAAUGAGCUAGAGAGCCAGAAUGACUCGCAAGUCGCGGGUAUCCUGGGCAAAGUCAGGACGCUAAAGGAUAUGACGGUGGCGAUUGGUGAUGAAAUCCGCGACUCGUCCGCUCUGGCGGACAAGAUGAACGACACAUUCGACCAGACGAGACUACGCUUACGAGGAACAAUGAACCGUAUGUUACUUAUGGCACAGCGCACAGGCGUCGGAUGGAAAGUCUGGCUGAUGUUCUUUGCGGCCGUCAUUUUCAUCUUUAUGUACGUGUGGCUGUUUUGA